AUGCCCCCCGCAGCCUAUCUCUUGUUCAUGCAGGUGUCCCCAAUCUUUGGCACAGGAACCAGGGCGUGGCUUCUCUGUCGGCCAUCUCCAUCCAGUCGAACAACAGAACCCACGUUUGAACAGAUCCAGAUUCAGUUCUGGAUUGAUGGCUACCGUCGGCAUCAAGCCGCGCAUUCCCUUUCUGGUCAACACCAGGUAUCCAAAACACAGGAAACGAUACGAGAAAGGAGUGGUGGAAAUGCUUUCACGACGAGAAUGCUAGCCGUCUGCUUAUUCGU